GUCACUCAGACACAAACAAACCAAAGAUAACUCAUGACAUCAGGUCCCACCAACUUCAGUUCCUGGAUGGAGGUUCGCAGUUAAUUCCACUUCCAAGCCGGAUUUCUAAAAAAAGGCGACAACACCGGAAUGAGGAAAUUGGCCAUGAGCAAAACAAAGUUGUUCAUUGCUGAUAACCAUACAACCCGAUGGGGCCGGGGGGUCAGUCAUCCUGAGUCCUUCAGAGGAGAUCGCCGCUCCCCUCACACUCCACAUGCUCUCUCCGACCAGCCUGCAUCCAGGGAUGUCCCUCCUGCUCCUCGCCGUGCUGUCCUCACUCCUGCUGCAUGAUGCUGAGGCGUGGGGCGCCGGCGUCAGGUAUGCGGUGAACUGCCCGGACAGAUGCAGCGCGGACCGCUGCGGCGGCGGCGGCGGCAGCGGCGGCGGCGGCGGCACGCAGCGCUGUGCGCGGACCGUCCUGGACGACUGCGGCUGCUGCCAGGUCUGCGCGGCCGGCAGAGGCGAGCACUGCUACCGCACGGUGUCGGGGAUGCACGGCGUCAAGUGCGGACCGGGGCUGUUCUGCGAGUUCUACAAGGACGAGGACGAUUACGGAGACGAAUACGGCGUCUGCAAAGACUGCCCAUACGGGACGUACGGGAUUGAGUGCCGCAAGACCUGCAGCUGCAAAGGAGGCAUAUGUGACAGGGAAACCGGAGCUUGUCUCACCCUCACAUUUUUUGCCAAAAUUGCCAGCAAGCUGAAAACCGGACCGCAAACAGGGUCUGAAGUUCUCUCAGGACAAGUGGGUCCUGCGCAGAGCACAGACAGAUCCACUGCUCCAAGAAGGCUCAACCCUCGCUGACAAGAAAAGAAACAGGCAUUAAAAAAAACUGUUCAGAUGUUCAGUCUAAAUGUAGCAUUAAUUUAUAAAUAAAGCUAAAUAUAUGUUUUACUAUGUAUAAAAACGUCUUGACCAGCAUUUGAAAUCCUGUUUGCUUCUUGUUUAAUAUUUUCUAUGAAUAGUGUUAUUUCUGCUUUUUAAAUAUUGCUUCUAUUGUUUGCUUCACAGUCUUUUGUAAUAUUAGAUUAAGUCAAAAAAUAUUUAAACACACAUGCAAUGUGGACAAUGUAGUUACAUAUGUUGCAUACUUGCUAGAAGUUGGAGAAAUGCACAAACAUUUACAAAGCAAUUACAAUGUGUAUAAUGCAAAAGGGGACACAUUUGCUGAGACUGUCAUGCUUCAAUAUUUUUAGUAAAGUGGAAAUGAUCUGAAGUUUAAAGGAUUAAUAGAUUUCCGUGUUGCCCAGAUAAUGUUUAAUAUCACAAACAUGGUUUGUGUUUGUGAUAUUAAACGUUAUAGAAACUGGAAAAGUUAAGCACAAACUCAGUGAAAGUCAUAUGUUCAUAAAAGCCUUUUUUUUUCAUAAAAAAAAUAACAAACUUGCAAUUCCUGCAAAAUCCUGUGUUUGUUAAUAUCAGUAUUUUAAUUUAUUUCUUAAAUGUCGACUCUGAAGACAUUAGACUCAAGUAUUAGUUUGAAAGUAUGUAGUUUACAGUAUCUAUUUACAAAACUACAUGAUGACGGGCAGGUGAAAUGAGAAUUGCUUCAUCCAACAUCUUUUUGGUCACUUUGAGUUUAUGUCCUACGACUGGGUUGUUUCUUUUCAUUGCAUUCAGCAAAUGACCAAAAUUAAUUUAAAAAAAGCAAUGAAUGUUUGAUUAAUUCUAGCUUUAGCAUUUGCUGGUGAACUUUUGCAUUGUAUAUCAUUGCUGCAUAAAUGUAAAUUCUAGCUAUUUUUUGUUUUAUUCAAACAUCUUUAUGUCCACACACAUUCUGUAUUUAUUGGAAAAAAAACAUCAUGUGUAGCUUUCUGUCCUUGCUUAAACUUACUCUACAAUAAAAACUCAUAACUGACUAUUG